AUGGAUGUGGAAAAUAAUGAGGUAUUAAUUGCAAUGGUAUUCGACCGACCAGCGCUGUGGGAUAAAAAAAGUAAGUUUUAUAGCAGCAGAAAAGUCGUAGACAAGUGUAGGAAAGAAAUAAGUUUGGAAAUGAAACAGGAUGAUGUUGUGAAACCCCGAGUGUCUCGUUCAAAAUUCGCUUCAUCUUUCCAUGCAGACCAAGAUGUAUCAGCAGUAGAUUGUCCCAGUGUACAUAAUAAUGAAUUUUAUGCUUCAUCUUCACCAAUAAAUCAAGAUGACGACAAUGGAGCUGAUGUAUCAAAAAACGCUAAUAUGGAAUUGUUUCAAUCACCCGCAAAAAGAUGUCAAAAGUCAUAUGAUGACAAAAUUUUAGACAUAGAACGUAGAAAACUUCAAAUCCUGCAUUUCUUGCAGGAUUUGAAGGGUUCAGAGCCAGUAAUUAAAUCUUCGAGCGCUUAUGAUCCUGUGCCGAUUGUGAGUGUUGCGCAACCACGAUCACCGGUGUGA